CAAACCACCUGUAAAAUCUUGCCAAGAAAACUGGAAGGACUUUUCCAGGUAGUCACCAGGAGUUAACACUGACUCAAAGUCAAUAAUAAUAAUCAUAACAACAACAACAACAAAAGUUCAACUGUUCAGCAGCAACAUCAAAAUGAACUUUGAACUUGAAAAAUGUGUUAUAUUAUCCAUGCAGCAAGGAAAAAUGGAAAAAAUAGAAAGAAUAGAACUGGGAAAUAGAAACAUAGUAAAAGCAUUAACAAAGGAUGAUGGUAACAAAUACCUAGGUAUAUUGGAAGCAGAAAACAGCUUGAAUGGAAAAGUCAAAGUGUCAACACAAAAGGAAUACAUCAGGAGGGUCCGCAAAAUAUAAAACUAAAAGCUGAAUGGUAGAAACAUAAUUAAAGCCUUUAAUACAUGGGCAGUUCCAGUGAUACCCUACUCAGCUGGAAUCAUCAACUGGACUUUGGCUGAACUGGAAAACCUGGACCGGAAAACGCGCAAACUUUUGAAUAUGUACCAUGCUUUACAUCCACGAGUGAUAUCGACAGGUUGUACCUGCCAAGAAAAAUAGGGGGCAGAGGACUAUUGCAAAUCCAUCAAACCGUAGAAAAAGAAAAACGAAGUUUGAAUGAUUAUGUGAACCAAAGUACAGAAAAAUUGUUGCAGGCGGUAAAAACAGAGAACAUUAUAAAAACAACAGAAACAAAUGCAGAAUAUAAGGAAAAACAGCUGGAUGACAGAUUAAAUAGAUGGAAAACCAUAGCUUUGCAUGGAUGGCACUUGAAAAAACAUUGAAGGAAAAUGUGAUGACAACUUUAUAUGGGCAUGGCUUAAGAUGGGAACCAUUAAGAAAGAAACGGAAGGUUUAAUACUCACUGCUCAAGAACAAGAACUACAAACUAAUGCCAUGAAAGCAAAGAUACAAAAAUCCACCGACAAUCCGAACUGCCAACUUUGCAACAACAAAGUCGAAACUAUUUCACAUUUAACAUGUGAAUGUAGCAAAAUUGCACAAACUGAUUACAAAGCUAGACACGACCUAGUUGCUAAAUUAAUCCACUGGUCAAUAUGUAAAAAAUAAAAUUUACCUGUAUCCAAAAAGUAAUGGAAACAUAAAGUGGAAAAAGUUAUAGAAAAUGAGAAGGUGAAGAUCUUGUGGGACUUUCAAAUACAGACAGAUCGUCAUUUGGAACACAACACGCCAGAUAUCACAGUUGUCAAAAACCGAAACGUACAAUUUAUUGACAUUGCAGUAGGAGAUGCCAGAGUCGAAGAAAAAGAACUGGAAAAAAUCACGAAAUAUCACGACCUGGCCAUCAAAACUACACCAUUGUGGAUGAAACAUGUAGCAGUAAUACCCAUUGUCAUCGGGGCACUUGGUACCAUGUCCAAUAAUUUUAUAAGAUACAUAAACAAAUUGCAGCUUCCUGCAAUAACGCCAGCAGGAUUGCAAAAAACUGCGCUACUUGGAACAUUGUACAUCUUAAGGUACUUGGUUGAUACCUAGGACGCUGGCAGCAACCCGUAUCAACCAUUAGCACCAACCAAUGGUAUUUGUGAUGCAUUUUUGAAUGUUCAGUUGACUGAGUUUCAUGUUUAAUGAAUAAAGUAAAUAAUAAUAAUAUUAUUAUUUAUUAAAUCCUGUAUAAUACCAUACCACUCCGUGACUUUUUCCCCACAGCUGAACUGAAGGGUUAUCCUCCUGUUCUUUUUAAUAAAAAACUGUACCAGCAUUAAAUUUGCUUUCCUAAUUGUCAGCCCCGUGAUAGCUCUAUUGCUGUAGAUCCCCGUCAGCUCAGGUGCCUCAAAGGUGAUAGGUAACAAUUAUCAGAUUUUCCAUGUCUUCAGCUUACCCCUGGGCAGCGUCAGGAUAAAAUGACAAAUAUUACUUUAAGCCCAUGCAGCUAAAGACAGCUCAAGCCUGUCUUGCUCAUGGGUUAAAGAUGAGAUGCAUCAUGAAACAUAGAAAGAUGUUGUCCAGGCAAGUUUGCACCAUGGUUAUUUGCAAAUGAAGCAAGUCCCGUAAUUACUUCAUUGUAACUUUAAUGCAGCAGAGACGGAUGUCAUCAUUUUAAUGUUUACACUGCUGGUAUGUAUUUUAUAGGAAUUGUUAUGGUUAACCAAGGACUGAUCCUACUUACUGUGGCACAAAAACAUCUCGUAAGCAGUUUUACAAGAGCUGUGCUCCUGACAUUGCUUCUGUCUCAUCCCUAACCUACUGCAGGGAGACCCUGAAUAAUCUUUAGUUCUUUUGCUAUUACAGAGCUUUUUCCCUUCUUCUCCAGACACAAAACUUGCAGUACAGACAAUUGAUGUCUUGUUGAAAUGCUGGCAGUGGCAUGAUCAGGGACUGGGAUCUGCCCAACUCCUACUGGCUAUUGAAGUCAUUCCUCCCCACCACGCCACUGGGCACAGGCCAUUCGCUCUGGUCCUUAGGAUUUAAGGGGGACUGGAUGGCCACUUCUUCAAGGGUAUUGCCAAGCUACCUAUGUAGAGGUAUCUACAUAUACAUAGGCCUAAAUAACUUCUGCAAGACCAGAUUGGCUUCUACUUAUACAGCAGUCUUUCAAAAGAACAAUUGAAAGAGGAUUAUUAGUUCAUUUUAAACAGAGAUGUGUUGGUGGCUUUGUUCUACAUUAAAAGCUUUUUUUAUAGUGCAAAUGAACACACUGUUCUCAUCCUGGCUUUAUUAUAAUUUAUUAGAAGAUGGGGUACUGCCAUUCUUGUUCUCUGAGUAACUAUUUUGUAUUGCGGAUUGUUACCUCCAACUUUAUACGUAACUACCUCACAUUUCAAAUAGUGAAGUUCAUUUUUUUUGUCUACAUGAAGGUAUCAGUUAUCUAGAAAAAUCAAUCUUUGUAUGUGUCUGAAUAACCUUGAUUUAGAGAUCAAUGUGGGUAUAGGAGAGGCAGAGUGAAUCUAUUUCUGAUGUGCCUAGAAAUACAUUCCCAAUUAUUUUUCUAGGCAGCUGCAUUUACCUGCCCAAUAUAUUCAGUUGCACUGAUUCUGGCAUGCUACAUGGUCAGCCCUAUGUAUUUUUUUUCCUGAAAAGACAAUAUUGAAUUCAAUGAAGCCUACAUCCAAAUACAACAUCCAAAUAAAAAAAGGUAGCAUCAGUAAAAGUUACUACUUCUUUCCCCCCCUAAUAGUUCAUGCUUAAAUAAACCUGCAGGAAAAAACACCCCAGGUUUAAAUUACCCUGUCUUAAAAAAACUCUGAAAUAAUGCAAGCAAAAGUUCAAAAGGGGGAGGGGGGAUUGUAUUAAAUUAUUUCUUAAGAAAAGCACCGGCAGGGUUUUUGUUUUUUUUAUCCCCUUGGUUGGUGACCAUUUUCCUUUUUUAUGUCCCUGAAAGAAAAAGGGCAAAAAGAAAGUGGUGGGGGAAGCCCCGCACUUUCCAGAAAAUAUUACUAAGAUGCUCGAUGGUCCCGGGUUAAUUUUUAUCAAACGGGAAGAUAAAUUGAGGCAAGCUUGGCCGAUCAGCGCCUUAACCUUAGGGGAGGUUCAGAGCACAAACCAGGCGGGUUUCGGGAGGCAAAAUCCUAACGGGAAAAGCGAAGGGGGCCACCGCUACGACUCCUUUGGGAGUGGGGGGUGGGAAAAAAAAGUGACGCGCUGCCCUUUCGGGCCGGCGCCUUCCCUGCCAAGGGUGCCCGGGCGUUAAGAGGGAAAGGGAUCCCCUCCUGGAGGACGAUUUUAAGAGGGAGAAGGGGCGCUGAGGCGGCUUGGCCUUGGCCUCCCCCGCCACCGAAGGCAGGCAUGAACUUCCCCCAAGCCCCCAAAAACUCCGCGGCCUCCGCGCCAUCAAGCAGCAACCCCUCCGGCCGAGCGGCAAGCAAAAAGGCAAAGAGCGUUUGCCUUCCCCACCUUCUCCCGCCUUUUGUCCCCUCCUUCCCGGGAGGCGGGAACUCUCGGAUCCCGCCUCCUCGGGAUCCUAAGACUUUCCAAGGACCCUGAAGUGCGGCGGAGAAACUGGGGGGAGGAGGCGGAGGGCGAAGAAGGGGAGCCGCAGCUUUAGUGGGGCUGAUUUCUCUCUCUCUCUCUCUCUCUCUCUCUCCUCCGUCCCCUCCACCCCAGCCCCGCUCGCUAAAAGCACGAUGCUGGUGUUUAUCCUCUCCCGAGCCCGACUCCUUUUUCUCCUCUCGAUCGACUGGCUCCAGGGCGGACAGUUCUCGCCACAGCCGAAUCCCGAGAAUCCCAAUUAGAUGAGCGCGAUCCUCAAGUUGAAUAAAAGUGAAGUUGGGGAAGGCGGCGUGGGGGGAGGAGGAGGAGGAGGAGGAGGAGGGGAGAAAAGACCUCGGGAGUUUUGACAAUAAACCACCUCUCCUCCCCUCUCCGCCCCCCCCUCCCCAAGCAACUCGAAGGGAGGACUUUGGGGGGGGUGCCAAGGGGGGUUGGAAAGCUUGAUCGCUGCAACGAAGCGGCACAAACCACCAUGCAGCUGGUGUUAUGGGCGGUAGGAUUAAGCACGCUACUCCUGCAAGACUUCUUGAAUAGAGCCGGCGCAGCAGCAGCAGCAGCAGCAGCCAGAAAGCAAGGGAGGCAUCUCCGACAAGCCAAACUGCUGGAGACGCUGCGAGAGUACGAGAUUGUGAUCCCGACCCGUGUGAAUGAGCUUGGAGAACCGUUGCCUACAAAGGUGCACUUUCAGAGAAAGAAACGAAGCCUUCGUUCAGAAGCUGAGCCCUGGAUCCUGGAUUCUCCCUCUUCUCCCACCGCCUCCUCUUCUUUCAGUACCACCCAAGUGCAUUAUAGACUGCAAGCCUUCGGGCAGCACUUCGUUUUCAACCUUACGGCCCAUUCGGGAUUUAUUGCCCCUCUUUUCACGGUCAGCUUCCUUGGACAACCCGAGGUUAACCAAACAAACUUUUACACCGAGGAGGAAAGUGAUAUUAAGCACUGUUUCUAUAAAGGGCAUGUCAACACAGAGUCCCAACAUACAGCAGUCAUAAGCCUGUGUUCUGGGAUGUUAGGCACAUUUAGGUCUCAUGAUGGAGAAUACUUUGUAGAGCCGCUCAUAUCACCUGAUCAACAAGAAUAUGAAGAAGAGCAAAGAAAGCCACAUAUUGUCUACCGGCAUAGUGUAUCACCUACAUUCUCACCGAGGAACAAGCAGACCUGUGACAUUUCAGCUGCAGGGCAUGGGAAAAAUCACAGAAACCCUAAAAGACAAAACAGGGCAAAGGAGUGGCCCCCCAAUAGCGUAUUGUCUGACAUAGAGGCUUUGAAACUUGACUUAGGGCAAUUUCCUGCACCCAGUAAAAACAACACUGGCAACAUAAGGAAAAAAAGUAGUCCACGAAGAAUCAAACGAUUUCUCUCCUAUCCUCGAUAUGUGGAAGUUAUGGUGGUGGCAGACAGCCGAAUGGCUUCAUACCAUGGAACUAAUCUUCAGCACUACAUUUUGACAUUAAUGUCCAUAGUAGCAUCUAUAUACAAAGACCCAAGCAUUGGGAAUUUAAUUAAUAUUGUUAUUGUGAAAUUAGCCAUCAUACAUAAUGAACAGGAUGGCCCAGCCAUAUCUUACAAUGCUCAGACAACACUAAAAAACUUUUGCCAAUGGCAGCAAACUCAGAACCAGCUCAGUGAAGAACAUCCAGAUAAACAUGAUACUGCUGUAUUGGUGACAAGGCAGGAUAUUUGUAGAGCUCAUGACAAAUGUGAUACUUUAGGUUUGGCUGAACUGGGUACCGUCUGUGAUCCAUACCGAAGUUGUUCAAUUAGUGAAGACAGUGGACUAAGUACUGCUUUUACAAUUGCACAUGAACUUGGCCAUGUAUUUAACAUGCCCCAUGAUGACAAUAAUAAGUGCAAAGAAGAAGGAGGAAAAAGCCAGCAACAUGUUAUGGCUCCCACCCUCAACUACAACACUAACCCCUGGAUGUGGUCAAAAUGUAGCCGUAAAUACAUCACCGAAUUUCUGGACACUGGAUACGGGGAGUGUUUGCUUGAUGAGCCUUCAUCAAGGACCUACACUUUGCCUCAACAACUUCCUGGUCACAUGUAUGAUGUCAAUAAGCAGUGCGAGUUAAUUUUUGGGCCUGGAGCUAAGGUUUGCCCUUAUAUGCAGAAGCAGUGCAGAAGACUAUGGUGCAUUAAUGAUGAUGGAGCACAUAAAGGAUGUCGUACGCAACACACACCCUGGGCAGAUGGGACGGACUGUGGCCUUGGAAAGCAUUGCAAGUAUGGCCACUGCGUUCCCAAAGAGCGAGAAGUACCUAUGACAGAUGGGGCUUGGGGCACAUGGAGCCCCUUCGGAGCUUGCUCACGAACAUGUGGUGGGGGAAUUAAAAAUGCCAUUCGAGAAUGCAACAGGCCUGAGCCAAAAAAUGGUGGAAAAUACUGUGUGGGACGCAGGAUGAAAUUUAAAUCGUGCAACACUGAACCAUGUUCUAAACUAAAGAAAGAUUUCCGUGAUGAACAAUGCGCUGUCUUUGAUGGGAAGCAUUUUAACAUUAACGGUCUACCUCCUAAUGUGCGCUGGGUUCCUAAGUAUAGUGGAAUUUUAAUGAAAGACCGGUGCAAACUCUUCUGUAGAGUGGCAGGAAAUACAGCUUAUUAUCAGCUCAGGGACAGGGUUAUUGAUGGCACCCCUUGUGGCCCAGACACAAAUGACAUCUGUGUACAAGGACUUUGUCGGCAAGCUGGAUGUGAUCAUGUGCUCAAUUCCAAAGCCAGAAGGGAUAAAUGUGGUGUGUGUGGUGGCGAUAAUUCAUCAUGCAAAACCAUUGCAGGGACAUUCAAUACGGUGCACUAUGGUUAUAACACUGUGAUACGCAUUCCAGCCGGUGCUACAAAUAUCGACGUACGGCAGCAUAGUUACUCAGGGAAACCAGAAGAUGAUAAUUACCUUGCAUUGUCAAGCAAUGAGGGCUUCAUAUUAAAUGGAGACUAUGUUGUCAGUAUGUUUAAGAAGGAAAUCAAAAUUGGAAAUGCUGUCAUAGAAUACAGUGGCUCAGACACCCCCAUUGAACGAAUCAAUUCUACUUACCGCAUUGAUCAAGAAAUAGUUCUUCAGGUUUUAUCAGUGGGUAAUUUAUAUAACCCUGAUGUUCGAUACACAUUCAAUAUCCCCAUUGAAGAUAAACCUCAGCAGUUUUAUUGGAAUGUCUAUGGACCUUGGCAGCCCUGCAGUAAACUCUGCCAAGGGGAACGAAAAAGGAAACCUAUUUGCACCCGGGAAUCCGAUCAGCUCAUGGUAUCUGACCAAAGAUGUGAUAAAAUUUCCCAACCUGAUCCAGUGACAGAGCUGUGUAAUUUAAAUUGUGAAUUAAGGUGGCAUAUUGUCAGAAAGAGUGAAUGCUCUGUGCAGUGUGGAAUGGGCUAUAAAACUCUGGAAAUUUCCUGUGCCAAGUACAGCAAGCUUGAAGGCAAAAUUGAAAAGUAUGAUGACCGAUACUGUAGUGGCAUAUCCAAGCCAAACUCUAGGGAAAAGUGUUCAGGAGACUGCAACACUGGAGGAUGGCGCUACUCGGCCUGGACUGAAUGCUCUAAGAGCUGUGGUGGUGGCACAAAGAGGCGUCGAGCAGUCUGCAUGAACACCUUCAAUGAUGUUUUGGAGGAUAGUAAAUGCAGCCAGCAGGAAAAAUUGACAGCACAGCGGUGCAACGAACUCCCGUGCCCACACUGGAAAACAGGAGAUUGGUCAGAAUGUUUGGUAACCUGUGGAAAAGGGCACAAGCAUCGGCAAAUCUGGUGCCAAUUUGGAGAAGAUCGGCUCAAUGACAGACUUUGUGAUCUUGAGGCCAAACCAGAUUCCAUGCAAGACUGCCAACAGCAAGAAUGUGCAGCGUGGCAAGUAGGACCGUGGGGCCAGUGCACAGUAACCUGUGGGCAAGGCUAUCAGAUGAGGGCAGUGAAAUGUGUCGUUGGUGCCUACAUUUCUGUAGUAGAUGAUAAUGAAUGCAAUGCUGCAACCAAGCCAACAGAUACACAGGACUGCGAAACAGUGCCGUGUCAUCUCCAUCCUAGCAGCCCAGAAAUCAAGCAAAGCAGUCACAGAACACAGUGGAGAUUUGGAUCCUGGACUUCUUGUUCUGCUACCUGUGGAAAAGGCACCAGGAUGAGGUAUGUCAGUUGUCGUGACGAUCAUGGCUCUGUGGCUGACGAAGCUGCCUGUUUCCAUCUUCCCAAACCAUCAGCAACAGACGUGUGUCUUGUAAUAUCUUGUGGCCGGUGGAAAGCCUUGGAAUGGAGCUCAUGCUCUGUAACUUGUGGGCAAGGUAAGGUGACCAGGCAAAUACUCUGCGUAGACUACAAUGACCAGAGUAUCGAUAGAAACGAGUGCGAUGUUGAAGAUAUCCUUGCGACAGAGCAGGACUGCUCUAUGCCAUCGUGUCAGCAGAUCAACCCGGGUAACAGACCCGCUAAUCCUUUUCCUUACCCUGACUAUCAUCAAAAAAACAAUCGAGGCGGGCACCCAAACCGAAAUCAAGGUCAUGGACAUGGAGGCAACCAGUGGCGAACUGGGCCGUGGGGAGCAUGCUCAAGUACCUGUGCUGGUGGAUUUCAACGGCGAGUAGUCGUAUGCCAGGAUGAAAAUGGAUAUGCUGCUGAUAAUUGUGAUGCAAGGAUGAAACCAGAUGAGCUAAGAUCCUGCGAAUCGGGACCCUGCCCUCAGUGGGCCUAUGGAAGCUGGAGUGAGUGUACAAAGUCAUGUGGCGGAGGAACCAGAACGAGACUAGUUGUAUGCCAGCAUUCCAAUGGAGAGAGAUUUACUGAUCUGAGCUGUGAAAUCCUUGACAAACCACCAGACCGCGAGCAGUGCAAUAUGCAGGACUGUCCCCGAGAAGCUGCCUGGAAUGCUGGUCCUUGGAGCUCGUGUUCUGUUUCUUGUGGACGAGGACAGAAGUACCGAGAAGUAUAUUGCAUGUCGAAGGAUGGGAAACUUUUAGAAAACAGUCUUUGUACGCAACUGGCUAAACCAAAUGUGCUGAGGAAGUGUAGAGGUGGCAGGUGCCCAAAAUGGAAAUCAGGAGACUGGGGACAGUGUUCAGUAUCCUGUGGGAAAGGAAUUCAGCGGAGAAACGUCUUCUGCCAGUUUACUGCUUCAAAAACAGCUAGAGAAACCGAAUGCCGUCAGUCAAGCAGACCAGCUUCCGAACAGGAAUGUCAAAUGGCAGAAUGUUCAUUCUAUUAUUGGAAAACAGGGGACUGGCAAGAAUGUAGCAAAACCUGUGGCAAAGGGUCUAGAUACCGAAAACUUAUCUGUGUGGACCAAAACAUGCAAGAAGUUGAUAGUCUUCACUGUGAUCCAAACAAGAGGCCAUCCGAUGUUGAGAUUUGCACCUUACCCCCCUGUGAAUACAUUUGGAUUACAGGAGACUGGUCAGAGUGCUCUGUGACCUGUGGUAAAGGCUACAAGCAAAGGCUGGUUUCCUGCAGUGAAAUUUAUACAGGGAAAGAUCACUAUGAGUACGGUUAUCAGAACACUGUCCACUGUCCAGGCACGCCACCACCAAAUGUGCAGUCAUGCUAUCUAGGCGAGUGCCCUGUUUUGGCAUCGUGGAGAGUUGGAAAUUGGGGAAGUUGUUCAGUGACUUGUGGAAUUGGGGUGAUGCAUCGGUCAGUUCAGUGCCUCACAAACAAUGACCAAGCAAGUACCUUGUGCCUUGAUGAUUUAAAACCUGAGGAAAGAAGGCCAUGCCACAACAUCCAUAAUUGUGAGCUACCAACAAGCUGCAAAGAGGCAAAAAGACUCAAAGUCAUUACUGAGGAUGGUGAAUAUUUUCUAAAAGUUAAAGGAAGACUUUUAAAGAUAUACUGUGCUGGCAUGGACUCUGAUAGCCCUAAAGAAUAUAUCACUUUGGUAAAUGGUGAUGCGGAGAAUUUCUCAGAAGUCUACAGCUACAGGUUACAUAACCCAACUGAAUGUCCAUAUAAUGGAAGCCGAAGAGAGAAUUGUCAGUGUAGGAAAGAUUACACAGCAGCUGGGUUUUCUGCCUUCAGCAAAGUAAGGCUGGACCUGAAUGCUAUGCAGAUAAUAACUACCGAUUUACAGUUUGCACAGACACUUGAUGGGAGGCCUGUUCCUUUUGCCACUGCUGGGGAUUGCUACAGUGCAGCCAAAUGCCCACAGGGUCGCUUUAGCAUCAACCUCUCUGGAACUGGCCUGUCAGUAAUGCAGACCUCAAAGUGGCUUUCACAAGGAAAUUACGCUGUUUCUGAAAUCACAAGAUCUCCUGAUGGUACCAAAGUAAUAGGAAAAUGUGGUGGUUACUGUGGAAAAUGUACUCCAUCGUCUGGAACUGGCCUCGAUGUUCAAGUGUUAUAGCAAUGGAUUUCUUAAUGCCGGGAGCUUAAGCAAGAUGGAUGAAGGACAAUUAAGCAAUACCUCUGCCUUCCAUUUUUUAAAUUUCUAUGUUUGUGUGUAUGUGCGUCUAUAUGUGUAUGUGAGAGAGAGAGAAAAAAAUGUAUGUAAUGUGCCUUUUUAAAAAAGUAUGAUUGUAUCUGUGAUGUAUGCAUACGUGUAUGUGUGUACAGUAUAUUCUUGAAGUUCUAAUGUAUUAUAUUUAUGUCCAGAAUUAUUUAUUUUGAUUUAAUAUUUUUGUAUGUAAAAUUUUAUAUUAAAGCUGCUUAUCCUGUGUUCUUUUUUUUAAAAAAAAAUUAAACCUUGCAGUCACACCACUGCAUUUUUACAUAUUCUACAUCAUAUGUAGCAUUUUGACAAAAGUGAUACGUUUAUUGUCACUGUAUACAGUUGUUUACCUUCAUUCAGUAAUUUCUCUUCUUGUUACAGGCUGCACUGAUAUUUGUAAGGUGCUUACUGGUUUUCAUUAAGGUGUUUUUGGCAUUUUAAAACCAACUCUUCCUUAUGAGGAAAAUAAUUAUUUUUAUUAAAUUUAUAUAGCAGUCAGUACUCUGCAGAGAUUUGGUGAACAUGCAUGAUAGUAUUUUCUCUUUAUCAAUAACUAUAUCUUACAUAUUUUUAAUGGCAUGUCAUUUCCAUUGACUAAUCCUAUAAAAGUCACUGGUUUGGUGCUAAUAUGAUAAUAUUUAUUAAUAACCUGUAGGCUUUAAAAGCUAAUUCUUUGUCAUGUCUUGUGGCAAUGGAGAAUGAGUAAUUAAAUUUGUGUAAAAUGAGAAUUGGUUCCAAUAUUAGUUUAAGGCAGACAAAGCUUUUGCCUACAUUGGAUGAAGGCCUAAUAUUAUUCAGAAAUUUAUGAGUGGUUCCUUCUUCAGAGAAAUUAUUUUCAGUGAUAGGAUUUUGUGUGUGCUAUUAUAUCAGCAACAUAUACCACAAGGAACAGUUACUUUCAGUCUAGAAGACCGGAUCAGUGGUCUUCAAAAUUGCAAGUCAAAAUAUGGAAACUAAAUGAAUACUGAAGAAAUUUUUUUUCUAAAAAUUAGACAUUUGAAUUUUUGCCUAAAAUUUCAUAUUAGCAGGAAACCAUGUUUUUAAACAUGGUUUUAAAGAGAGGUUUCAAUAUGUGGGAUCUGGAUCUGGAAUCUAACUCCAGCUCCAAGAAUUGAGUUUCUGCUGAGGAAGAAUAUACUUAUUUUUCAAGUAAACAUAAUGGAACACAAAAAUAUUUUGCCUUAAUUAGUGCUAUACAAUUAGUCCUAUACAAUCCUUCUGCUAUUAAUUGAUUGUUCAAAGAAAUUGCAGAAUCAUUAAUAACAAGGAAAAAAUAAUGUACACUAAUCCAUAUCCACAUUGAUGAAAUUUUGGAAUUGCUAUAUAUGCUGUAUCACAGCAUAUAUUCCUAUUGGGAAUUAGGUUAAUCUGCAAUACAUACUGCACUAUUUUUCAAAAAAAUAAUAAGUACAUAUGGAUCAGAUCAGAAUUGCUAUAUUUUAAGCAUUUCUACUCUAGAGCAAUGCAGAGCAGAAUCAUAUUUGUGUGUAAAAACAUUACAUUUACUCCAAAAAUAAUUCGUAAAAAUCAGAAUAUUUAAUUUCUGUUAUUGAGAAGUCAGUAAUACCAAAAGGUUGUUUUUUCUGCCAAAUAUACCACAUGAAGAAGAGAUGUUAUGUCUAAUUUCCCUAUUUAUUUUUUCAAAAUAACUUUUUAUCUGCAAGAUUGAUAAACACACAUACCUUAUUUUAUGAAUUUUAGCUGAGUUUUAAUUAUUGCAUGGUAAGAUUUCAAUAAUAAAUAGUUAUCUACUACUGGAACAAAGCCAUCUCUCUUGUAGCAAACUUGAUAUCCCUAAUAGCAGUUACACCUUAAAAUCAGUAAGUUAUAAACUUAAUAAAGUUGGUUACAUUUUCCAAUAUAAACAGCUUCAAAAAAAAUUACACCACCAUGUUCACUAUGCAUUUGCAAAUCACCCCAUGAGCUAUUGUUUUAUUUUUUUAAAAAAUAUCUAAGCCAUUUGCUUAUCAACUACUGGGCAGAUUUAGAAAAAUUAAAUGAUUCUACUGUAAACCUCCCUGAAAUAUCUGUCCCUUCACAAUAAUUUAUGUUGAACUCCUUCUCUGACGUUAAAAGGGUUGUCACCGAAAUCUGAUUCAAAAUAAACACAUUGUAUUAAUAUUAAAAUAAUUUAUUAAUAUAGCAUUGCAUAUUCAAAUAUUGAAUGCAUUUUUGCUCUUACUAGUUUGUCAGGUCAAAUAGCUUGUGACCAGUCUGAGAAGACAAAGUGCAAACAAGGUUCUUCACAAAGAGUUCCAUAUCUCCAGGUACUUAGGUCUUCCAAGCUCAUUUACCUAACUGCUAGAUCAAAAUUAUUAUUUUGACUGAACAGGUAACAUAAUCUUUAUAAAUAUGCCCAAAUGUUAGGAAACUCCCAGCCAGGCAGGGAGGAGGGGUCAAGCUUAGAACUAGCCUUGAGUCCUUGCUCAGCCACAAAAGGCAUAAGCCUUUUCCAAGGCCUCUUCCAAGUUCCAUGGAACCAAUCUGUUGGUUCCCAAGAGAAGACAAACAGUCUGGGGAGAUUCUUGUAUUAUAGAUAGAAUGCAACAAAGUAGCUGAACUUUUCAUGAAUGGAUCUGGUUGCUUCCAGCUGACACCAAACCACAAACUACCCAUCUUUUAUACAUUUAUUCUUGCUGUGGAUCAGUAAGAUAAUGUUGGCCAUCAAUAUGAUUUCUCCUGCAUGUUCACUGUGGAGCAUAAGCUGUUCCUUGGUUCUCUCGAAUAAUGGCAAAAUAUUGUUUUUUAAUCCACUUUACAGUUAUUAUAGGAUGAUUUCUGAUGAGAAGCAUAUAUGAAUAUCUUUAACAAAUAAUGAAAAAAAAUUCUUACAAGGAUUCACAGCUAAUACAUUUCAGAACUGAAUAAAUUCAGGCAGGUCAAAAUGUUAAAUAUACAUUAUAGAUUUAAAUAAAUAUUAAAAGGUGUAUUUUUUUUAAGAAAAAAUGCCAAAAAUACCUUUCAGAGUACAUUUUAUGAAAAUACUGUGUAGUAUAAAGGAGUAGUGAUUUUGUUACAAUAUCACUCAUUUUUUUAAAUGUUCUAUAGGGAAAAGGGAAACUUGCACUGUAAGCAUUUAAACAGAAAUAUGGUGCUUAACUCCAUCUAUUUUUCAGUAAUGAGGUGACUGAGUAUUUAUACAAAAAUAUAUUUUAAAAACCCUAUACAUUCCUUUAUACUAAGUAGUAUUAUGAUGAUGUCUAUCAAUGGUGCAAAAAAAGGAAAGAAAAUUAAUGACAUAUAAGGAGGAUACGAUAGUUACUAAUUUUUAGGUGGAUUAUUUCUUCUUCUUUUUUUCCAACAAGAGGACCACCAAAUGAUUAAGCAGUUCUUGUAAUAUAUACAUAUACUUUUGUAAGGAUCCCAUUAAUCUUUAUGAAAUUCAAUAAUAUUUGCAAGCACUUUUGUUAUAUUGCUUUCUUAUUUUUUAAUUAUUUUACUUUUCCUUUUGGGUCAGUAAAAGAAAAGGGUAAAUAAUGUUUCAGUGAUUUUCUUUUAUUGAUCACAAUGUGCUGCAUUGGAUAGGUGCUUUCCUAUGGACAAAAACAAAAUGUAUACAUAGGAUGAAUAAAAUGAAUUUUUAAAAAGUAU